UAAGCCGUCGAAGUCGCUGUCUUGCGGUGUACCUGGAGGUGCACUUACCGCCGAGCAGACUCUAGAUGUCUCCCUACUCCGCGCAGCUGUGUGUCUCCACGGGUACGAUGCUGCUGCUGUCUACAGAUGACCGAGUCGCCAUUUUGAAAAGCAAACCGUUCACAGCACACCCACCCGGAGUACUGGAACUAUGCCGCGGGGCCGGCCUCGCAAACUGAGAGUUAAAAGAAACGACGACACAGAUGCGGAUCCCAGUGACACUAAAGGGGAAAGUCUCAGUGAUGGAGAGCUCAAAGACAAGAAGUGCACAAUAUGCUCCCAGAUCUUCACCACUGAGAGCCAGCUGCAGAAGCAUCUCCGUGAACAUGAGGUCAACGAUAAGCCUCAUCGAUGUGACCAGUGCUCACAGACGUUUAACGUGGAGUUCAACCUCACACUCCACAGGUCCACGCACACAACCUCAGACUUCACCUGCCCGGUUUGCAAUAAGAGAUUCUCCCGCAUUGCCAGCCUCAAAUCACAUAUCAUGCUGCAUGAAAAGGAAGAGAAUCUAAUCUGCUCAGAGUGCGGAGAUGAGUUCAUCCUUCAGAGCCAGCUCUCAAUGCACUUGGAGGAGCACCGCAAAGAGCUGUCUGGCAUCAAGGUCUACACCUGCAGGACCUGUGACAAGGAAUUCAAGACGUCUGCACACCUCAAGGAGCACAUGAAGAGUCACGCCAAGAUGAGGCCGCUCAAUUCUACUUCCAGAAACUACAAGAAAACCAUUGACCGCAGCGGGUUCACAAACAGCUGCCAUCACUGUGGAAAAGCUUUCAAAAAGCCCAGUCAGCUUGUCAGACACAUACGAAUACACACAGGUGAGAGGCCCUACAAGUGCUCACACUGCGGCAAGGCUUUCAACCAGAAGGUGGUGCUGCAGACUCACAUGGUGAGACACACGGGAGAGAAACCUCACCUCUGCAUGUUCUGCCCUGCUUCUUUCUCCCAGAAGGGGAACCUGCACUCCCACGUUCAGAGAGUUCACUCUGAGGUGAAAGGUGUACCGCUGUUUCCGUGCAUGGACUGCAGCUGUGCAUUCAAGAAGCUUGGCAGUCUGAAUGCCCACAUCAGCAAGAUGCACAUCUCUGUGAUUGAAGUGCCCUCCGGCACUCAGGAGACGGAGACAACAGGUCAGGCCCCUGGAGAGUCGGAGGGCGGCGAGGGAGUUACAGAUGUCAUCCAGCAACUUUUAGAACUGUCUGAACAGGUCAGUGGGGAGACACCUCAGCCCCAACCUCCAGAGCCAGCGAUCACCAUGGAAACUGCCAUCAACCAGGACAUCCUGCAGCAAGCCCUGGAGAACAGCGGGUUGAGUGUGGUCCAGCCACAGGGUGACGCCACGUCCAGAGAGCAGAACCAGACCACUGAGGGUGCUGCUGUAGAGAGCAAGAAAGUACAAGGUCCUGACAAACCAGUCAGGGAGAAGAAAAGGAGCAUUUUCAAGAAACCUAUACAAAUGCCAGGCUCCAUCAGGGAGGAGAAUGGCGUCCGCUGGCAUGGCUGCCCAUACUGCUCCAAGGAGUUCAAGAAACCCAGCGACCUCGUCCGCCACAUCCGCAUCCACACCCACGAGAAGCCUUUCAAGUGCAAACAGUGCUUCAGAGCUUUUGCUGUCAAGAGCACCCUCACAGCACACAUGAAAACGCACACGGGUAUCAAGGCCUUUGAGUGUCAGUGCUGCUUGAAGUGCUUCUCUACUUCUGGCAGCAUGAAAGUACACAUGCGUCUGCAUACAGGUGCCCGUCCUUUCCCCUGCCCUCACUGUGACAAGAUCUUUCGCACAUCAGGCCACAGGAAAACACACAUUGCUUCUCACUUCAAAAGCUCACAGCAGAAGAAGCACAAGUUCCCUCGAAAAACCAACAAGGCCAAAGUCUCCAAGAGUAACCUACCUCUGCCUGACAUCCCCCUGCAGGAACCCAUCCUCAUCACGGACUUUGGCCUCAUACCAUCCCAGAACCCUCGCUUGGCUUUCCAGCAGUACCUGGAGGUGGUGGGCAAUGACCGACCAUACAAGUGCCAGUUCUGUAGCAAGGCCUACAAGAAAUCGAGCCAUCUGAAACAGCAUGUCAGGUCUCACACAGGAGAAAGGCCCUUUAAGUGUGUGCAGUGCAGCAGAGGUUUUGCCUCCUCAGGAGUCCUCAAGGCUCACAUCAGGACCCACUCUGGUCUGAAGGCUUACAAGUGCCUGAUGUGCGACACCACGUUCACCACCAGCGGUAGCCUGCGACGCCACAUGACAACCCACAGCGACCUCCGACCUUACAUGUGCCCCUACUGCCAGAAGACCUUCAAGUCAUCGCCAAACUGCAGGAAGCACAUGAAGACACACAGGUAUGAACUGGCGCAGCAGCUGCAGCCCCAGUCAGCAGAUGAUCCCUUAGGUGGAGGCACCGUGGCCCAUGAUAUGCAGGUGGAAAUAGAGGGAGAUUCCCUCCAGCAACCGCCUGCUUCCUCGGCAGACCAGCAAAGCAUGCUGGGACUGGGCCAGUCAGAGGUGGUGAAUGGAAGUCAACAAGUGACAUUGGAUGCACGCCUGAACGACCAACCCCUUGUCCAAGGAGAAGACUCAUAUGUGACUACCCAACAUGCCUUGCCUCAAAAUAUCAGCCAGUUUGAGACACCAGCACUCCCUCAGCCUGCCUUCGACCAGCAGGCUCUAACGCAAGGCUUCACCAUCACUGACUCGAGCUACAGUCAGCCCCAGUUCUCCACUGUCCAGCAGCUUCAGGAUUCCAGCACCCUGGAGUCUCAGGCCCUGUCUUCCAGCUAUCAUCCGCCAAAUCUGCUCCAUGUUUCUAGUGCUGAAGUGACAAAUGGACUUCUUCAGCAGAGCAGUCAGGGUGAGCUUCAGCUGACCACUGAAGCACAGGACUACCAGGAUGACAGUGAGGACAACAGCAAGAGAGCCUACAGGUGCAGUUGGUGUAAUAAGGGUUUCAAAAAGUCAAGCCACCUGAAGCAGCAUGUGCGCUCCCACACUGGGGAGAAGCCAUUCAGAUGUCAUCUCUGCGGUCGAGGGUUUGUGUCAGCCGGAGUGCUGAAGUCCCACCUCAACACUCAUACAGGAGUGAAACCCUUCAAGUGCAGUGUCUGUGACGCCUCAUUUACCACCAACGGCAGCCUGAACCGCCACAUGAUAAUUCACAUCAAGUCUUUCAAGUGCUCCAUGUGUGACGAGAGCUUCAGGACCAGCCUGCUGUGUAAAAAGCAUAUGAGGAAGGAGCAUGCUGUGGAGGAACAUAUUAUAGGUCUGGAUAGUCAAGACGUCGAGGAAGAGGAGGAGGAUGAGGAUGAAGACGGGGAGCAGAAGAAUUCAAAGAGGAGGGGCUUGGAAAUCAUCACUUUCACCGAGGAGCAGGCAGCCGAGCUGGCGAAGGAUCCCGGCGAGGAGGCCUCGGUGUCGGAGCGGAUCCUCGCCCAGUCGGCGGCUGAGAGGGAUCGAAUCAGUGAGAUCAAAGACAAGGCCGUGGAACUGGAAACAGAACCUAAGUUCGCCAACUGCUGCAGUUUCUGCCCCAAGAGCUUCAAGAAGCCCAGUGACCUUGUCAGGCACAUUCGGAUCCAUACGGGAGAGAGGCCUUACAAGUGUGAUGAAUGCGGGAAGAGCUUCACAGUGAAAUCUACCCUGGACUGUCAUGUGAAAACACAUACAGGUCAGAAACUGUUCAGCUGUCACAUGUGCAACACCUCCUUCUCCACAAAGGGCAGCUUAAAGGUGCACAUGCGCCUCCACACUGGCUCCAAGCCUUUCAAAUGUCCCUUCUGUGAGCUCCGCUUCAGAACUUCAGGCCACCGCAAAACCCACAUCCAGUGCCACCUCCGGCCAAGCAGCGACCGACACAAAUCCAAACGAUCUGUGUCGUCCACUGGUCAGGCCAGUCAGGGUCAGGACCCAGGGGCUGGGCAGGCCGUGGCAACGGGCCAUGGGCAGCAAACGGCAACAUCGGAGGCUCUUCAAUCUGUGGGUCUGCUCCAAAUGCCCACCUCUGACCCCAACAUUUACCUCCCAGCCAACCAAGUCCUGGCAGGGCAGUUUGAUCAGAAUCUGCUGCAACCGGGGCUGGUGGGACAGGCCAUCCUGCCUGCCUCCAUGUCAGCUGCAGGAGACCUGACAGUGUCUCUACCUGAUGGACUCACCACCCUGGAUGGCAUCCACCUGCAGCUGACGCCUGCCAGCCUGGUGUGCCCCAACGUCCAGAUCUCUGGCAUCGACACCAGCAACAUCAACAACAUCACACUACAGAUCGAUCCUGCCCUCCUCCAGCAGACAUUACAACAAGGCGGCCUCCUCUCUCAACCCCUGAGCGUUGACACUGGCCUCGUCUCCCACUCUGGCGGCCAGCUCAUGUCCGCCAAUGACCCCACGGUGUCGGCCAAUGUCGUCAUCCACCCACUUACAAGCCUGGCCCUGCAGCCCUCCACCAUCACACCUGCUCAGGUCACAAUGGCCGGACUCUCUGAGCAGGACGCCACUGGUUCUCAGGAUCUAAGCCAUGUAAUUGGCAGCUCUGGGUUGAUAGCUGGAGGCACCAGUGGUCAGGAAAUCACACUGACCAUCAACAACCCCAGCCUGACUCAAGCCCUCGCCUCGGCGUCUUGUUCUAGUGGAGCAGCAGGAAACCCUCAGGAGAUCACCCUCACCAUAUCAGGUCAGGAUCUGCUCGCCCAGCACAGCAACCCCAAUGUUGCUGAGAUGAAUGGCAGCAUCAGGCUGGCGUCACCGCUCGGCAGCCAGCCCACCAACGCAACCCUCACCAUCACCAAUGACCACCUCCUACCUCAGAGCCCCACCAACACUGGAAUGACAGUCUCAAGCCUGCCGCCCAGCACCACCCUGUCACACACUGCUGUGUCCCAGAGCCUCGUGAUGUCUCCGGGAGGCGUGGCCAGUGACAGCAGUGUUACACUGACACUGGCAGAUGCUCAGGGUAUGCUGGAUGGUGUCACUCUAAACCUCAAUACACAGGGUCAGACAUUUCCUGCAGUGCUGAAUGACUCUGGUCUGUCAGGACAGUCAGGGAGCUCAGGCCAGCAGGUCAUACUGGUCAGCCAUCACUCCCAGUCCACCAACGGCGCGUCUGACAGUGGAUACAAUAUUAAUGACGACGGCCAUAAAGGUGGGAAGGAUGGCCAGAUGGAGGCCGAUAGCCAGAACCAGUGUUACUACUGCAAAGAGGUGUUCCAGAACGUCAACACGCUGCGGCGCCACUGCAGACAAGCUCACGGCAAAGACCGCUGUCACGUCUGCAUCCUCUGCAACAAGGCCUUUAAGAGAGCGACACACCUGAAGGAACAUGAGCGAGUGCACCAGCCAGGCCCGUCACCCAGCUCCCAGAAACCCAGAGUGUUCAACUGCUCCUCCUGCGUGAAGGCCUUCGCCAAGCGCAGCCAGCUGGAGAGACACAACCGAACACACACAGGCGAGCGUCCCUUCAAGUGCAGUCAGUGCGACAAGGCCUUCAACCAGAAGAGUGCUCUGCAGGUCCACAUGGUCAAACACACUGGAAAGAAGCCCUUCAAGUGCGAGGUGUGCAGCAUCAGGUUCACCCAGAAGAGCAACAUGAAACACCACAUGAAGAGAUCCCACGGCUACGGUCAGAUCCAAGAAGUGUCCCUGGGCCAAGACGAAGCGGUGGCGCAGGUCGAGGUAACGCCCGAACUCGACCUGGAAGUUGUUCCCGAAUCGUCCGGAGACUGGCACAACGUCUUCCACUGACCGACUGCACACCACACGAGUCAAACAGCACUGUACGGUGCACUGAGCACUGAUCAGGUUUUGCAACUGAACAGGAAAGCUUUGCCAAACAUUUCCUCCUCCCCAGAGGGGUUGUUUGGUUGAAGACAUGAUAGAGUUGGUCCACGGUACAGUAUGUCCAGGGCUUUUACCCUCAUCGCAGUCCCCUGCUGUUUAUCCGAAUUAGCAGUGAAGUAUGGGGAGUCUGGUUCCCUGUGAUUGGCUUAAUGAUUUGUAUCUGUUCUGCUGCUGUCUGAUUGUCAUCAAUAUGAUGACCUCCGGAGAGGUUUGGCUCAGUAAACACAUGCGUCCCGGGGAAUUCUCCAGUCGGGGGAGGCAGUUACCCCUCACGCUGACCCUGUAGGAGAGAGAGGAAAGUGGAUUCUGGGAAAAAAAGCCCCCCACAAACGAGCGUCUCGUUUCUUGAUUACGGGUCUGCUCACAAGGACGCGCGGCGAGCUGCGACCGACUGUACUGCUGUCACUGCUUCACUAACAGCAUGUAACAAAGAAAGCUUUUUUAUUGGUUUGUGUGAAACUUGUCACCUUUUGUUUUCUACAUAUUUAUACUGUACAUAAAUUUCAUCUUGAGGUUAAAUGUAAUUUGCCAUUUGUUACAUGUCUGCUUCAGUUAGAACAAAGCACCAACACAGUGUCCCAAACCUGUUGGUGAUAAGCGGCAGUGAGCCGUGACAACACUGCUGUGGAUGUGAUGCUGAACGACCUCUUUGACCCAUCAUGUCAGCGCUGUGUUUCCUCUUGUUGUCAUAUCAUUUACAACCAUUUAGAAGCAGCACCGUCAUUUCCUUCACUGUAGCCCAUUCUGUAAAUAGUGUAGUUAGACGGCGUAUAUUUUCUGAUGAUUGCCAGAAGAUAAAUUAGUUGGAAUUUGGGUGUAUUGUUUCAAUUGUUAUGAAGCCAAUGUACAGAUGAUAAGCUGUUUUUUUUUCUUUUUUUGCAGCUGUAUUUUCUAUUGUCCAUAAUAAAUUAAGAUUAAAGUAAUUUUUCUACUAAAC